AUGGGGAAAAUGAAUUAUCAAUACCUGUCUUUAUUCCUUGCCUUGUGUUUGCUCUUCAUUUCUCAUUCCCAAACUACCUCUAGUACUUCCUCUCAACAUCAUUGCCUCCCCGACCAAAGUGCUCAUUUGCUGAAACUAAGGCAAGAAUUUGUUGAAAGGAAUUAUUCUGAUUAUUCUGAUUACUAUGAUUACUAUAAUGGUUCUUAUCCAAAGAUGAAGUCUUGGAAGGCAGAUAGUGAUUGUUGUUCCUGGGAUGGGGUCACAUGCGAUACACAGAAUGGUGAGGUGAUUGGCUUGGACCUGAGCAACAGUUGGCUUUAUGGGCCUCUCAACUCUAACAGCAGUCUCUUCAGUUUGCGUCACCUUCGGAAACUCAACCUUGACUCCAACAACUUCUCUUCCUCCACAAUCCCUUCUGAAUUUGGCCAGCUUGUGAGGUUGACCCAUCUUAACCUCUCUUUUUCCUUCUUACAUGGCCGAAUCCCGUCGGAAAUUUCAUGGCUAUCCAAUUUGGUUUCACUUGAUCUCUCUAACAAUUAUUUUAUUUACUCUGUUGGUGGUGAUUAUUAUGAGAAAUUGUUGGAUCUCAGAAGAAUUGAUCUUGAAGCACUUGUCCAGAACAUGACAUAUUUGAGAGAACUUCAUCUACGUGAAGUGAACAUUUCAUCGUCGCUACCUCAAUCACUGGCAAAUUUGUCUUCCUUGACUUCUCUCACUCUGUAUGACUGCAAUUUGCAGGGUGAAUUUCACUCAGAUAUUUUCCUAUUGCCCAAGAUACAAGCCAUUGAUCUGUCAUAUAACCUAAAACUCAUUGGUUUUCUUCCCAAAUUUCAAUCUCAUAGUUCCCUAAAGGAAUUGCGUCUUUCUGAUACAAAUUUUUCAGGGGAAUUGCCGAGUUCAAUUGGCAACCUCAAGUCCUUGAAUUAUUUGGAUCUUAGUUAUAGUAAUUUUUCAGGGGCGAUUCCCCCUUCUAUUGGAAAUCUAUCACAGCUUACUCAUCUUUCCCUCUCAUAUAACAAUUUUAAUGGUCAGCUUCCUUCCACAUUGGGAAGCCUUGCAAAACUCACUAAUCUGGUACUAGAAAAAAUCCUUUUCAUUCGAGAAGUACCAUCUUUCUUGAGAAAUCUUACACACCUAGAAGUCUUAAGCCUUUCACAAAACAAUUUUGACAGCAGCUUCCCAGUUUGGUUGACAAAUAUUACUAAACUCAGUUUGAUAGAUUUCUCCCUAAAUCAAUUGAAAGGGCCAAUCCCAUUUGAAAUAGGCACACUUCUUAAUUUGUCUUACCUUGACUUGUCAUAUAACUCACUCACAGAGGCCAUUCCCUCGGUUUUGUUUACAAUCCCUUCAUUGCAUGCACUAUAUCUAGAUCAAAAUCAGCUCAUUGUCCCUCUCAAAUUCCAAAAUAACUCUUUAUCACCAUUACGUGCCCUUGGAUUGAGUGAAAGCAAAAUGAAUGAAUCAAUUCUAAGGUCAAUUGUCAAUUUCACUAAGCUACAAAGGUUGUAUCUUUCUUCAAUCAAUCUAAAGGGCAAGGUGGAGUUGAACACUUUUUUCAAGCUUAAAAAGCUUCAAGAGCUCGAUCUUUCAGGUAACAAAGUAUUUGUUUCAAAAGCAAAUAUCAAUUCAACCCUUCCCAAAUUUUUUUCUUUGUCAAUGUCUUCUUGCAAUUUGACUAAAUUUCCUGAUUUUCUAAAAGCUCAAAAUGAAUUGCAAAGUUUAGACCUUUCCAAUAACAACAUUAAAGGUAACAUACCUAAAUGGUUUUGGAAUGUUGGAGAAGAGACAUUGCAAUUCCUAAAUCUUUCUUAUAACCUUUUAAGCAAAUUUGAGCAACCUCCAGUGGUUCUUCCUUGGAAAAAUAUGGUCUUUCUAGACUUGAGUUCCAACAUGUUGCAAGGGUCAUUUCCUAUUCCCCCAUUAUUCCACAUUGUUUGCUGA